AUGCAGAGUUAUGGCGUUCUAAAUCAAUGCUACAACAAUAUCACUGUUAGUAAAGAAAUUUCGAUUACAUUAGGUGUACUCUAUACGAUCAUUGGUGUUUAUAUGGUGGCACAGCUUUUGUUGUUCGCGCUUCAGAAACAUAUACAGCAUAUAUCAACUAUAAGUAUUGACAUGCGUUUCUAUUCUUUAUCAGCCUUUCUGAACAAUGGGUUUGUUGCGAAGCUAGUCUAUGGACUCCUGAUGACUCAAGGAUUGCUCGAAAGGAAUCUUAUGCAGACCAUUGUCUGUACUCUGACGGAAUUUGUUAUUAUGGGCAUUCGACUGUGGAUGACUCUGAGAUUAGAUGCCGGGUCGGGUAUUCGCUAUAUUGUUUUGGGGUUUAAUUCGCUGGCACUUGUAGUUGACUCUCUAAUUAUGUUGUACAUAAUUACUAAGCAGCGAAAGGAGUUUAGUUGGUUUCAUUAUAAAGCCUUUGGUGCAAACAUUCGUCGUAAUCAGAUGUUCUCUAUGCGAAAGCUCAUUGAUCUAACUUUCAAAACAGGAUUUCAGUUGUUUAUUUCCAUUUGGAUUGUUUCCUUUCUGAUUAUGGAUUUAGGAUCCUCCUUAAUCAUUGAAACAAUCCUCUAUAUGGUUGUUUUGAUAAUCUAUCAAAUUGAUAAUUACGAAUUGGUUCCUAUUCGAAUUAUAAACGCUUUGCUCAAUAUAUCCAUGUCUAUCUAUCUAAUAACCCAGAUUAUCUUCUUUGAUAACAUUGUUCGGGUAUCUCUCAGAGGCUCAGAGAAUCCAGAUAUGUAUCCUUAUCUGAUAAUAACUAUAAUAUUGCGGAUCCUAGUACAUUUUGUUUAUAGUGGCUUGCUUAUCUUUGAUCUGUUCUCAUUCAACCAAGGCAUUCUCUACUAUCAGGCCAAAAGAGAAAAGAAACGCAAGCAAAUCGACACUACCGCCACUGAUAUCAAAAAAAAGCCCAACCCAAUCGAAACCACCAUUUAA